AUAAUUAAGGUUGAUUAGCUUGAUGAAGCCAUAUAUGAAGCCACAUGAAGCCAAACUCUGCGCAGCACAUUAUAGCAUCCAUUCAAAACAUAAACAGUCUCCAGGCACUGCCAACUACAACACGCAACAAAAGGAAAAGCUCGGUCAACUUACGGGUCAAUAGGUUUCGUUUACGUGUAUAGCCUAAUUGUAUACACCUUAAGGUAAUUCCUUACGUUCAGAAGUUUUAAUGGAGAUUGAGUUUUUCUUGUUCAUGGGUAGCUGAUAAUCAAGGUUAUUAAUGCAUAAGAUAAACUGAAAGAUGUAGAACAUAUACAGAAUGAGAAAUGUGUACCUGAAAAUAGCACCAAAUAGAAAAUAGACUUCCAAUUGGGAAGCCAUUUAAAUUUUCUUAACAUACGGAAUUGCCUUAAUUUUUAUAUCGAAAAAGAACCUAUUCAAAAGAGCCGGAAAAAGUACACGACCAACUCGAAACACGAGUUGAAUUAUUCAAACAGUCGAAAUGAUAACAAAACAACAAGACUAAAAUUCGAAGCAACAAAAAUCAAUUUCGCUUCGGAUACGUAGCCAGAUGAACAUCUAAUACAAGUGUCAAAUCACCCUAUAUGGUCGCCCGAAAGUGACGUUGCAAAAUGCCUGAUAAAACCAAAAAUGGGAAUGGGCAUCUUGUCAAAGAUGGAGGCUGGGGAUGGAUUAUUGUAGGAUCAUCGUUCAUAAUUCAAGCUCUGACAGUAGGAAUCACAUACACAUUUGGAGUUCUAUACGUAGAUUUACUUGACUAUUUUAAAGAGCCUAGAUCUGUGACGUCAUGGAUUGGUUCUAUACAACCAUUCUUGAUGUAUUUCACGGGUAUUGUGGUCGGACCAUUGAUGAAAAGAUUUGGCUGCAGAGCCGUUACUUUCGCAGGUUCCGUUCUCUCAACAAUUGGCUUUCUCACUAGCGCAUUGGUUAAUAACAUCUAUAUUCUCUACUUUACCUAUGGCGUUCUGUCAGGAAUCGGCAAUGGUAUGAUGUAUGUUUCAUCCAUGUUAGUUGUGCAAUAUUACUUCGAGGAAAAACGUGCAUUGGCAACAGGGAUAGCAGUGGCCGGGUCAGGACUGGGGACGCUUGUGUUCGGCUUGUUGACGCGUUAUUUACUUGAUAUGGUCAAGUGGCGCUGGACGCUGGUAAUAGAGGCCGGGUUCCUUCUCCUGGGGACGCUAUGUUCGUUGGUGAUGCUACCAGUCCCCUCUAACGAAGAGGCGGACGACACUGCUUACACUGCAAUUAGUGAUGACCAUGAAACAGUAGCUCUAACAGCAAGUCAAAAGGAAACAAAGGGCGAAAAUGGUGAUAUCAAAACUAAGUAUUAUGAUCCUGACCUCGAGAGACAAUCAAGCCAAUCAAACGGAGUCAACGUUGUAGUUAUGGACAAACAAGGAUGUUGCUCGGGUUGGUGUGAAUCUACAAAAUCAAUGCUAAAAGACAUAUUUGACUUUUCAAUGUUUAAAAAUCCAAUUCUACUGAUUUUCUCAAUAGCAAUGAUGCUGAUAAGUUUGGGAUACCACGCACCGUUCACCUACACACCAGACAGAGCAAUAUCGUUAGGAAUCGACCCAGAGAGGGCCUCGUUUUUAGUGUCCAUUAUUGGCAUCGCUAAUGUGUCGGGGAGAAUUAUUUUUGGCUGGAUUGGAAAUGCUAGCGAAAAGUCCCGACACAUUCUUGCGGGUGUAUCUAUACUGAUCUGCGGAGCGUCAACAAUAUGCAGCCCAAUAUUUACGACAUACCCACUUAUGGCAGUAUAUGCAGCAAUAUUUGGUGCAACAACAGGUUGCUACUUUUCCCUGUUUGUUGUUAUACUGGUUGACCUACUUGGUGUCGACGUUGUAGAUAAAUCACUGGGACUCGUGAUGGGAGUAUCUUCUAUCGCAUUCCUCAUAGCAUCUCCAUUCUCAGGAUGGUUAAUUGAUCUAACUGGAACAUUCGACACGCCUUUCUACGUCGUCGGAGGAGUUAUGGUGCUUGGAGGGUUAAUGUUCCUCUCGACUAUGUGUAUCAAAAAGGCAAUGAUGAAACGGCAGCUUGAGGAACAACGAAGUCUCUUGCGGGCUAAAAGGAGGCUCAGAAAACGGACGGCGUCAUGGUCGAUGUAGUAGUCCAACAUAGCGUAAUCUAGAAGCCAACAUACUAUAUAUAAGAAAAGAAUGUCAUCAAUGACUUCGUCGAAGAGACUAUGGAAGGGGAAUUAAACUUCUCCGUUGGCGAGUAAAUAUCUGAGAUAUUUGAUGUCAUGAUCCAUCUAGCGGAGACCUUAUUUACUCAUGGUAUCUGAUAAGAAAAAUAGUGCCUACUGUAACCAGAUAUAAAACAAAAUAAAUAUCACAUAUGAAAGUUGUCCAUGACAGGGAACAAUAUAUCGUAUAUGUAAGAGGACAUCUUCGUUAGUGUAUGAGACUAGAAUCAAAUAUUUGGUGCAGUGAAUUGACAGUAAAAUGUAGAUCCAUAUAUUGGGCAAGAAGGAAAGAUAUUUCAAAUGAUUACCGCAAAAAUAUCCAUGACGACCAUAAAAGUUGAAAGUUCUUAACUUCGAAAAACAUGAAUCAGAUGAAAACAAUAUUUAAAAGAAAUAUCGUGGCACCACGGAACUAUAAUCCAGAGAAGCCACUUUUAAAACUACUAGACUCGAGAUUAUGUAAGACGUAAAACAUAACAAAGGUUCCUUGUAUUUUAAUGAUUUAAUAUUAAUAUAAACAUUAUAUGCAUUCUGUUUUAAAUGAUUUAAAAUUUUGUCAUAGUCUACAAGAAUUCAUUUCAUUAAAAGUUUACCAACUUAGUCUGAGAAGAUGAAAUACGGACAAGACCAUACAUAAUAGGAACUGAUGUCCGGACU